AUGGGACAAUCUUGGGGAUAUGAAGGGAUUGCGAAACGUUCACUAUGUACACAUAAAUGGCUAUAUAAUUUGAAUUUGCAUUCAAUAAAUCUUUUCCUUCCAAUUGAGUCAAAAAUGUCAGCUCAAGCAAGUCGUCAAAAGAAAUCGGAUCAAGAGCAGCGUGCAGCUGAUCAAGCUUUGCUCAAUGCAGCAAUCGAGGAUAAUGCGAUGGAGCAAGAUGAAAACUUCACAGUUAUCGAUAAACUUGAGUCUUCAGGAAUCAGUUCUGGCGAUAUUUCAAAACUAAAAGAAGCUGGAUACUAUACAUACGAAUCGCUGGCAUUUACUACAAGACGCGAACUCCGAAAUGUCAAAGGAAUUAGUGAUCAGAAAGCUGAAAAGAUAAUGAAAGAAGCCAUGAAAUUCGUGCAGAUGGGAUUCACGACGGGAGCCGAGGUUCAUGUGAAGCGAAGCCAGCUGGUGCAGAUCAGAACUGGAUCUGCUUCACUUGACAGACUGUUGGGUGGCGGUAUCGAAACAGGCAGUAUCACUGAGGUUUACGGAGAAUAUAGAACAGGAAAAACUCAGCUUUGCCACAGUCUGGCAGUCUUGUGUCAAUUGCCGAUUGAUAUGGGAGGUGGUGAGGGAAAAUGUAUGUAUAUUGAUACCAAUGCCACUUUUCGACCCGAACGAAUUAUUGCUAUCGCUCAGAGAUACAAUAUGGACAGUGCUCAUGUACUCGAGAAUAUCGCUGUUGCACGUGCAUACAACUCAGAACAUUUGAUGGCUUUGAUUAUUCGAGCAGGAGCAAUGAUGUCCGAGAGUCGUUAUGCUGUUGUGAUUGUUGACUGUGCAACUGCUCAUUUCCGUAACGAAUACACUGGAAGAGGAGAUCUAGCGGAACGUCAGAUGAAGCUCUCUGCUUUUCUGAAAUGCCUUGCCAAGCUUGCCGAUGAAUAUGGUGUCGCUGUAAUUAUUACCAAUCAAGUUGUAGCACAAGUCGACGGAGGAGCCUCGAUGUUCCAGGCUGAUGCUAAAAAGCCCAUUGGAGGUCACAUCAUCGCUCACAUGUCUACUACCAGAUUGUACCUUCGAAAAGGAAAAGGAGAGAAUCGCGUCGCAAAAAUGGUUCAAUCACCCAAUUUACCAGAAGCCGAAGCGACCUACUCAAUCACGAAUCAUGGUAUUGAGGACGCACGCGAGGACUAGCCGUUCGUUUUUCUUUUUCUUAUCAAACUUCAUCAUUCAUAUCCCGAUAAAUAUAUCACAUUUCUGUUUCUCUCCACACUUUCACGGAUUCAUCAUGUUUAUUUGGGUCGUUUUUAAAUCUAGCGUUCUAUGUUCUCUAUGAAAAGUUUUCGCCUGCCCCUCAUGUUUCACUAUUCCGUUACAUUCCUUUUUUGUAUCUGUAUUAUAUAUAGGUUUGUGCAUCUCUCUCUCUCUCUUUUGUUUUACCCGUCGUUUUGUAUGAAUCGUAUAGUUGAACUGAUUAUGUCAGUAUUGAUAAGCUAAUGUUCUUUUUAAUUUAUAAAGGUUUUCGAAACCUUUAAU